AUGAGUCUUCAAAACCUCAAGACUACUCAUGCUGGUGGCAUCAACUUUCUGCCUCAACUUUCUCUGUCUGUGGACAAUAAUAAUCUUCAAGAGAGGGAGUCCCAUGAUGAUUCAAGAAUGGGUUUUCAGAUUUUGAACGUUGAUGAUCACCCAUUUGAACAAGCCAGGGGAACAAAUAAGUGGAUUAAAGACUUGAGCUUUGGGACUACUUCUGGGGUAGUCGUUGAGACAACCAAAAAAGGGCUUGCUUUGAAUCUAUGUGAUGAGGGUAUUGAAGAGAUUGAUCAGAGGAGAAGUAGUGGGCACACAAAGCUCUGUGUCAGAGGCCAUUGGAGACCUCAUGAGGAUGCCAAACUCAAAGACCUUGUCGAACAGUUUGGUCCUCAAAACUGGAACUUGAUUGCUGAGAAGUUCGAAGGAAGAUCAGAUAUACUUAUUUUAGGGAAAAGUUGCAGAUUGAGAUGGUUUAACCAGCUAGAUCCGAGGAUUAACAAGAGGAGUUUCACAGAGGAAGAAGAGGAAAAGCUAUUAGCUGCGCAUAGAAUGUAUGGUAACAAAUGGGCUAUGAUUUCUAGGCUAUUCCCUGGGAGGACUGAUAAUGCAGUGAAGAAUCACUGGCAUGUGAUCAUGGCAAGGAAGCACAGAGACAAGAACAGUUUUUACAGGAUCAGAAGAAAUCGCCAAAUACUUCCCAAGGGACUUCCUCCUCCUGUCAUCACAACAUUAUUCACUACUAAUUGCACAAACAAUGCAUGUAGUGAAUCAACCAUCACUACCAAUAACAAUACAAAUAACAAUAUUGAUCAUGAUCAUUCUGCUGCAUCAACAUGCACUACUCACGAUCUCUCCCUCGCUACUCCAUCUUCUUCAACCAGAGUUGUACUGCCUCCUGCUUUUCUCACUAGCUUUAAUCCAGCACUUCAGCACCAGCUUCAUCCUUAUGGUCUGCAGAUGGGCACAUCUGGAGAGGAAAAAAUGGUGGCAAUAAGAAUUAAUGUGGGUGUUGACCAGUUGUAUGGACCAACGGCGAUGGGUGUAGACCAAUCCAGUAAAUCAGACUCAAACUCAGAGGUUUCAGCAACAGAGUCAGUUGGCAACAAUUACAAGACCAGCAUGGAUGGAUCAGAAAAUGAUGAGAAGAAAAGCAUGCCCUUCAUUGAUUUCCUUGGAGUAAAUUAA